AUGUUUUCUCAGUUUCGGCAGGCUGUUGAGACAUUUGCGCCGGUGCGCCGCCCUUCUCAGGACCUAACUGACGAUGAACGCCAGCGCUCUCGUUCACUAGACCUGAGACAGGCCCUCCCUCUGCCUUCUGGACAGCUAGCGGAAUCGGCGCUGGAGAAUAUUAGAAAGUCCCUCACAUCCCAGCGUGCGGGCCCCACUGCUACUUCGCCACCUCCUGGUACCUCGCCCAGGCGUAGGCCUAAUCUGGAAGAGCGCCUGAAAGCUACAUUUACCAUCGGAGAGGCCUCCAAUGACCCCAGCCCUUCCGCCGGCUCAAGGGCCUCUACACCUGUCCCUGUUUCCAAGCACCCGCUGUCCCCAGGCUCAACUCCGCUUCCUGCCUCUCCUCCCUUAUCCCCGAGAAAUUCCAUAGACCUCCGUCCUGAGCCAGUUCCGGUCGCGCUGCCUUCUCCUUCUAUUUCUUCGUUGACCGACGGCGACAAGCCAACCUCCACUGCAGGUGGCGGCGAGGACAGGUACCCCGAAGCUGACAUCCCACUGCCCUCCGAUUCUCCAGAGUCAGACAUAUCUCCGGAAGGACCUCAAGUGUCGAACGAAAGCGUGAGCCCAGGGGCAAGCGAUGCGCCCCCUCGCGACGAUACCCCGAGUAAUACGGCAGACGCGACUCAAGACGUCUUAGAGAGCAGUUCGCCGCACAGCGUGUCUCCCUCACCAGAAGCGGUUGGGAGCGACCCAGCUACCAGUGAGGGAGACAUUGAGUCGCUCCGUGAGAGGUUGAAACUGGUGGAGCAGCGGUUCGCUGAUGUAUCUACGUCUUUCAAACGAUUACAGGCUGAGAAGCUCGCUGCUGAUCGUGUGCUGAGAGAGUUCACACCACUAGAGAGCAUGAAGGAUGCUGAGGCUCUCAAAGACUUCUUGCAAAACACAAAGUCUCAGGCGGAAGUGAGGCAUUCAUCGUUUCGUACAGGUCAAGACGAACGCCUGCAAGAGCUACGCGAGACCCACCACCUGGAGUCCGCUUCUCAAAUUGAACUCAUAGAUCAACUGCGGAAGCAGCUCUCCGAAACCGAAGCACUUCUAAAGGCUUCACAAAACUCGAGUUCAACACUGGAAGGGGAGCUCGCCAGCCGUAAGGCUGAGAUUGGCCAACUUCAGUCUGAGCUCGAGAAAGUGAAGACUUCGGUCAAGGAGGAAGAAGAGAAGCGCGUCAAGGCGGUCAGCCUGCUGAAAACCGUGCGUCAAAAGCUGGUAAAGGCGGAGAAGGACAGGGAGGAUGCGGUUCGGGAGGCGGCACAGCUGCAAGCCAGGGAGAAGGAGGAGAAAGAGAAGGCCGAGGUCGAGAAGAGGAAACUGAGGGAGGAGAUCCAGGAAGCGAACGUUGAUCACGAACGCGCCUUGACGGGUCUUAAGAUGCAAUUCGAUCGAGAAGUGUCGCUUCUCAGGGAUCGACAGGAUAAAGAGAUCACUGCGUUGAGAGGCCAAUUUGAGCUCGAAGCUGCGACAGCUAAGAGCCUUCAUGAGCAAGAGCUCUCUAGGAGGGACGCGACCAUCGCAUCUCUCGAGAAUGCAGUUCAAACUCUGCGGUCUGAGAAGGAUAACUUCUUUGAUCAGUUGCAGAUGCGGCAGGCGGAGCUAGAAUCCGUGCAGUCUCAACUCGAAGUUCUUCAGAACCAGAAUACAGAAUACCAGUACCAGUUCCGUGAGCUGGACGAACGCAUCGGCUUGCUUAACGAAGAGCUAGCCGAAGCUCGGAGGGACCAAGACACCCGCGCUAGGGGCGCUUUCACGUCAGCGGAAGAAGUAGCGCAAAUGCUCUCCGCUACAGAGGCGAAGUACGAGUCCAGGGUCGCGGAUCUGCGACGCACCAUUGCCGCCUUGGAGAAAGAGCGUGACGAGUCCGAAGCUGAUUGGAGUAGGAAAUUCAGGGAGAAGUCGAAGGAGAUGGAAGAGCUCCGGAGAGUCGUGGAUUCGUCUGCGCGGAGCAGGGAGGAGAAGGACAGUGUCCUAGAUGACCUGAAAGCAGAGACGGAUCGUCUCAGGAAAGAGAUCGCUUCGUACCAGAAGCAAAUCGCCGAUCUCCAGAAGGUUACUGAGAAGAGCAGGGAAACCGAGGACUUGGAGCGGCAACGAAUCGUAGAGUUGCAAACCCAGACUUCGGUACUGCAAAAGCAAUUGGAGGAGUUGAAGGGCCGAGAAGGGCAGCUACGGCUCAGUAACAAAACUCUGCGGGAAGAAUUACGCAAAGUCCAGUCGUCCGCUGCAUUGCUAGAGCGGCAACGAAAUCCAGGUGUUGGUUAUUGGGGCUCCCACCCAGAAGAAGGUCGUCGAUCAACGACCUCCCUAUCCGAUGCGAACGGAUCACGGCCCUCGUCUCGUGCCAGCGCUGGCCCUACGGAUGAUGAGGAAGUCAACUUGGAAUAUCUGCGAAACGUUGUGCUGCAGUUCUUGGAACAUAAAGAGAUGCGGCCUCAGCUCGUGCGAGUUCUGUCCACUAUAUUGCGAUUUACACCGCAGGAGACGCGCAGACUUGUGGCAAAGGUUUAA